AUGGAAACGGUAACCGUCCGCGACGACACCGUCAACGUCCCACCUCCCAUCCUCAAUCUCGAACGGCAUGGCUUUCUCUUCGGCUAUCCGAUUAAACACUCCCUCUCCCCCCUCCUCCAUUCCACCGUCUUCAAGAAUCUCGGCCUUCCAUGGAGCCUCUCCCUCCUAGAAUCGACAGACAUGGCUCUGUUCCUCCACCUCCUCAAAGAUCAGAGACUCUACGGUCAGCACUCCACCAUUUCAGGUCUUCUAUCGUAUUUCAUUCUUACUGACUCUCCCUCGCACAGGCUCCGCAGUCACAAUGCCGCAUAAAAUCGCCAUCAUCCCCUACCUCGACGGCCUGACGGACGAAGGCCGAGCCGUCGGAGCCGUCAACACCAUCUUUCGCCAGGGAGAGAAAUUCAUCGGCACGAAUACCGACACCUUCGGCGUCCGGGAGGCUUUUUACCAGAACAUUCCCAAUCCGGAUCAGGUCUUCCACGGUCGACCGGGUCUGGUGAUUGGAGGCGGAGGCGCUGCACGUUCCGCUGUCUACGCCCUGGUGAAAUUCAUGGGCUGCAAGAAAGUCUACCUGAAUAACCGUGAUCCGGCCGAAGUAGAAGCCGUCAUGGCUUGGUGUAAAUCGCAAGGGUAUGGGGAUGGGUUGGUGUAUGUGAGGACAGCGGAGGAAGCGAAAGCGUUAGAAGAAGGCCCAGGAGCGAUUGUGGCCUGUGUGCCGAAUUAUCCGCCCGUAACAGAAGCGGAGAAAGAAGCGAGGAGGGUGACGGAAGUCUUGUUGAGUAAACCUCACAAGGGCGCGUUCUUGGAGAUGUGUUAUCAUCCUACGCCAUUUACUGAGUUGGGGGGUUUGGCGGAGAAGGCUGGAUGGCAGGUGAUUCUGGGGACAGAGGCGAUGAUUUACCAAGGCCUAAAGCAGCAGGCCAUCUGGCAUGGACGCAGUUUGGAGGAGCUGCCGGUGCAAGAGGUCAAAGACGUUAUUGCGAAGGAGCUCGAUAAGGCGCGACUGUAG